AUGGAUACCCAAACGGGGACUCCCACUAAGCUCUGGCUCUGGCUCAGCAUCAUCUUGCUCUUCGGCGAUCUUUCGGAGGCCAUCGACUUUGGCUACCAUCCCAGUGCCGAGGAGUUCGACAGCCUGCUGAGGGAGACCACCAAGCAGAGCUCAUGGAGCCGGGAUCUUCUCCAGCAGCAGCAGCAGCAUCAUCAUCAGCGGUUUGUCCAUGACAAUCGUGGCUUUGUGCCGCGCUACCAACACCAGACCUCCAUACGCUUUCAGCCACCGGAGCUGGACUUUCAAUUGUUCGACCAGGAUCAAGAUCAGCCCUCACAGCCUUAUGUCUUUGAGUCCGUGGAGGAGGAUGCCAGCUCCGUUGGGGAUCAACUGCACGUGCAGAGCGAGCUGCUGGAGAUCAAGGAGCCCAACAGGAGGCCCUCGCCUGGCAAUAGUUCGUACUCCUCCACCAGCACCAGCUUUCCCAUCUACUUUACCCACCCCUCGACGGGCAUAGUGUAUGCCAUCAGCCAGGUGGGAGCAGGGGGAGCAGGAGGAUUAGAAGGAUCAGGAGUCAUUGCUGGCCAGAGCCGUAACGAUAGCAAUGCCAUUGCCAUAUAUGUGACCAAGGCCCAGUAUGAUGCCGAUAUGGAGAAGCUACGCCGGCGUUACGAACAGCAGUGCCAGCAGCCGUUUGCUCCUCCAGGCACUGUGAUAUCCACCCUGAAUCCUAGCCAGAAUCAGCAUCAUCAACAGCAGCAGAUGGGUGGAAUCACCACCGCCAGGCCACAGAUUAUACGCCUGAAGAAGCCCAAGUACCCGCCGGCAAGGCCCAGCAAUAAAUUGCCCAAGCCCAGCCACCGGCCGCCUCCCGUGAUGGUCACCAGUGGACCCAUAGAUCAUGUAAGCGAUCAGCUGCUGAAGCUGCCACACAGGGGAGGCACCACGAUAGCCACCUCAACUAGUACCAGCACCACCCGAAGGCCAAGCACGCUAAGGAAGCGUCGCAAGAAGAAGAAGACCACCAAGGAUAAGGUGGCGAAGAGGCGACCCAGGCCAGGAUAUGGGGGUAAUAACACCCGCAAUCAGCCGGGACCAUUGCCCAUAAUUCUAGGCAAGAGACCAAGUGGGAGCAGCACCACCACAAAGCCACCUCUACCGGCAUAUACACAACUGGAGAAGCCGCACAUGCCGGUGGCCACCACCCAGCCAACGGGCAAUGUCUUUAGUCAGCAUUUUUAUCGAGCUGGAGAAGAGCCAGGUGAAGACAGUGAAAAGUUGGAAGAAUCAGGAGAAGAAGGGUCAAAAGAAGGGUCAAAAGAAGCAGGUACAGGGGAGAAUUCUAGCAGAAGACGUCGCUCUUUGGAGGAUUUACAUGAAGGAAAGGAAGGUCCCACAAAGAACCAAGAAGAUAAAGAAGAUUUAAGAAGAAAAGAGAAGAAUCUAGUGAAUUCUACAAAAAUAAAUGGAGAAACCAAAAGACUACACUCCCUGAAGAAUCUAAAAACUUGGAGAAAGGCUUUAAAGAGUUCCCUAAGGAGAGAAGAAAACUCCCCAAAACCUUUUCAAGCUAGGACCCAUCGCCGACAACGUCGUGCCCUCCAAGAAAACACACCAGAAACUGGGAUACAGGAUCCCAAAAAGUCCCUGGGACCACCAAGAGUAGUCUCUGCACGCAGGGUGAGCACGCCGCCCAGAAGCACUCCCCGCCGGCGAUCAAAAGGCAGCAGUUCCAAACCCAAAACCAAGCAACCACCACAAACCCCAGCGCCCAAGGACAAAGGUAAAGCUGAUGUAGCCCACAUGUUACCCACGGCCAUACAUUUGGCCCACUGGAACCACACCCGCAAGGAGCACGAAACACAAAAGACGCCAAGUAAUCCAACUUCCCUCAGGAAAAACCAAACGGAAAGGAUAAUACCACCGAAAUUGAAAAAGAAAACAAAGAGCAAGGAGCGCAAACGAGGCAGACCCGAGGGCUCCAGUUUUCCAGAUCUUUUCGAGCUCAUGGCCGACGAUGACGACGACUAUGAUGAGGAUGGUAAGGAAGACCAGGACGAGGACGAUGAGGACUACUUCUAUGGUUCGUUUGGAGGAAAUCAAGCAAAGCGGCGACACACUGGCCAGCAAAGCGACCAAAAGGAGGACAGCAGCUCCGCGGAGGAGGGUGCAGAUUUUGGUGCCAUGGAGGAGGAGGUGACCACACCAACAGCAACAACCAGCAGCGAGGAGGAGGCGGAAUCGGAGGCCACCUCCAGCACCAAGAAUUCCAUGCCCAAGAAAAAGAUACGCAUCCGGCGGCGUCCCGUGGACACGGAGGAGGAUUAUGAUGACGAUGACGAGGACUCGGGCAUAGGUGGCUUCUUUCGCAUGCUAUUCUAUCCCGUCCAGGUGGCCAUGUCGCGCUUAAUGGAUGGCUUUGGCAGUCCCGAGGAGGACGAGCAACCGCCAGGACCCACAAUAUCCAAGUAUCCCAGCUACACGCUCUACCACAAUGCCCACAGCAAUGAGGCCUACGCAGAGCCGGAGGAGCAAGAGGAGGCCGAGGAGGAGGAGGAGUCCUCUUCGCUGGGCAGCUGGUUUAGCUCCUGGUUUGGCUUGCAGCGUAGGACUAAGAAGAUUGGCAGUACAACCACCACCACAGUGGUGCCACUGCCCACGCCGGCGAAGGAGCCACCCGGCUGGCUGGAGUCUUGGUUUGGUUUUGGCAAAACCACAGCCACCCCAGAGGCGGAGGAGGAGGAGGAGGAUGAUUAUGAUAAAUGGUUUGCCAGCUGGUUCGAUUCUCGGCCCAAGCGAAAGGUCAGACGGCGUUCCACCACCUCCACCUCGACUACGUCAACCACAACGACCAGUCCAGCAGCAGCAGCUGGAGCAGCCCAGGUGCCCAUCCUGACCAUUGUGGAUCCGCUGCGUAAUCCCCAGAACUGGAUUGGCAUACUGGCCCAUCACAUAGUGAACUCCACGGCCACCACUACCAGUAAUCCGCUGCUCCAGGCCCUAGCCACACGCAUGACCAGUACCAGGGGAACCACUAGCACCUCGACCAGUACGACCACAUCGAGGCCGGAGGUUCCCCGGCGCAUCAACUAUGACAAGUACCAGAUAUGGCGACUAAAGCCCCAGGAUGAGACGCAGGUGCGAGCUCUGGAGGAUUUCAAAAAGGGCGAGGAUGGGGUGAAGAUGCAGUGGCUCAAGGGACCAAGUCUUAGGGGACUCACCGAUGUCCUUGUGCCGCCCAAGAUGCUGGUGGAUUUCCAGGGCACUUUGAACUACGAGGGCAUUGCCCAUGAGGUGCUCAUCUUUGACGUAGGCAAGGCCAUAGCCUAUGAGCGUUCCAAGGAGGAUUAUUUGCACACCACUCGCCCCUCCAAGCAGCAGCCAUUGCGGGCGACCAUACCACCGCCCAUGACCUGGAAUCGGUAUCACAAUCACGACGAGAUUGUCAAGUAUUUGGAGACGGUGCGCAUGCGUCAUCCGCAGCUGGUGGAGCUCAUACACAUUGGUCGCUCCUACGAGGGUCGUCCCCUGAUUGUGGUCAAGAUCGAGUCCAAGCAGGGUAGCAGCUCCCUGGUCGGAAAUAGCGAUGGCGGCCAACCAGUGGCAGCCAAGCGGCCCAAGCGGAAGCACAAGGCCGGUCAGGCAAAUGCCGUGUUUGUGGAGGCGGGAGCCCAGGGAUUGGCUUGGAUAGGACCCGCCACGGCCACCUGGAUGAUAGCCGAGCUGCUCAGGCUGAUGAAGACCAACAAAAGCACCGAUGAAGUGGAGUUUAUACGGAACACCACCUGGUAUGUGAUGCCUGUACUAAAUCCCGAUGGCUAUGCCUAUAGCCAUGAGUACGAUCGCUUCUGGAAAAAGUCACGUUCGCAACACCAGGCUCCCGCACCCAGUGGCCUCCUCGACUCGGCCAUGACUUGGCUCCAGCAGAAACGGGGAACGGACAAGGUCUGCUAUGGUGUGGAUCUGGAUAGGAAUUGGCUCUAUCAGUGGGGCAAGCGUGGCAGCUCCAAGGCGCCCUGCAAUGAGUUCUUUGCGGGACCCACGCCCUUCUCCGAGCCGGAAACCAAGGCGGUUUCCGAAUUUCUCAUGGACUAUCGGACGCAGAUCAAGUUGUACAUAUCCCUGCAGGCCUAUGGCCAGGUCAUAUCCUAUCCUGUGAAAGCCAACUCCACGUUUAAUUCGGAGCGUCUGGAUGAUUUCCUGGAUGUGGCCAUGGUGGGCACCGAUGGACUGCGCAAGAAGGGCAGCAAGUCGCGCUAUAAGGUUGAUGCCUCCAACGAUCUAAUAGAGCAGCGAUCGGGCUGUGCGGAUGCCUUUGCCGCCUACGAGAUUGGCAUACCCUUCAGCUACACCCUCCAGCUGGCGGACAACGGGGUCCAUGGCUACCUGCUGCCCAGCAGCGCCAUCGAGCCCACGGCUCGGGAUGCCUUUGAGAUCAUCAGCGGCAUGAUGGACUACAUUUAGGCUAGAGGAUGGAUGGGCAGGGAUUCGGGUUGGGUGCUUAGUUCCUUUUCUUUUUUUUUCAGUGCAUUCCGGAGAUCACAAUUUGACAUUUUCGGAAUGCACUCCCCAAACUUGUAUUUUUUUUUAUAUUCCAAAUUUGUUGUUUAUAUUAAAUGUAAGUGUAUUUUAUUUU